GCCUUAAAGGAAUGCUUCUGUAAUCUCUUAACAUCCCCUCCCAGAAAUACAAGUUUAAAACAGUGUGUUAGAUCUUACCUGGCUGCUCCUGAGAUAAGCAGAGAAAUAACUGAGGGAAUACAGAUUAUCAUAUCUUUAAUAAGAUACAUUAAUCCAAAAUGUCACUAUAUAGUUUUGGAUCAGAUCCCAUUUCUUGCCACGCCUGGAACAAAGAUCGAUCACAAAUUGCAAUAAGUCCUAAUAGUCAUGUUGUCCAAAUAUACCAGAAAGCAGAGAACGGGUGGAAAAAAAUCCAUGAGCUCUCAGAACACAAUGGGAGGAUCACAGGCAUUGACUGGGCUCCCAAUUCAAACCGUAUUGUGACGUGUGCCACAGACAGAAAUGCUUACGUAUGGAUGCUAAAAGACGGUACUUGGAAACCCACCCUAGUGCUGCUGCGUAUCAACCGUGCAGCCACCUGUGUCAAAUGGUCCCCACUGGAGAAUAAGAUUGCAGUAGGAAGUGGCUCACAGACCAUUUCAAUCUGCUAUUUUGAGAAGGAGAAUGACUGGUGGCUGAGCAAACACAUUAAAAAGUCAAUCAAAUCCACCAUCCUCAGCUUGGCAUGGCACCCAAACAAUGUCUUACUUGCGUCUGGGAGCUGUGAUUUCAAAUGCAGAAUAUUUUCAGCAUAUGUGAAAGAAAUAGAAGAAAAGCCAAGCCCGACACCCUGGGGUACAAAAAUGCCAUUUGGAGAGCUUCUGUAUGAGGAAGGAGACAACGGGGGCUGGGUGCACAGCGUCUGCUUCUCACCAAGCGGCCAAUAUCUUGCAUGGGUUGACCACAACAGCUGUGUGAACCUAGCUGACUCAACACAAGACAAAGUAGUAACUGAACUGAAGACAGAGUUUCUGCCCUUCCUGAGUGUGCUAUUUGUGAAUGAAACUCGGAUUGUGACAGCUGGACACGACUGCUGUCCAUACAUCUUCUCAUACUCUGGACCUGGAAAACUAGAACUGCUUGAGAAAGUAGAUGCACAGAAGCAGAAUUUGAAGUCUACAACAUCUGCAAUGCAGCACUUCCGUAACCUGGACAAGAAGGCUGCUCAGGAUAAUGAAACUCUGGAGAUUGAUACUCUUCAUAGAAACAGCAUCAGCCAAUUGUCUCUUUUGUUUGGUGAAGACAGUUCCAGUGUUACUACAUUCAGCAGUGUUGGUAUAGAUGGCGCUCUGGUCAUUUGGGAUACAAAGGCAUAAGGAGAAGCAAAUACACCAGUGAUCUCAUUCAUCAGUAUGAGAUGCUAGAACGGAUGUAGGACAAUUAGUAAUUCGAGAUCCAGCAUUCAUCUCACUUGUAGAUAUGUGCUUUAGAUUCCAGACAGCAGCCAAUUUCCGGAAGCUUCACCCAGCGGGGUCAUGAAAAGCAAACAGCGUCAAGUAACUAUCUGCUCUAAAAGGGGUCUGAUAUAAUCCCGGAUACGAUUCAUCAAAGUUGGCAUCUGCAUAUAAUUUUUGUAUCAAUAACAUGGGAUAUAUGUAUUUACAUACAAUAUGACACACACAAAAAACAAUAAAUUGUAAUAUGCAGCAGACGCUCUUACAAUUUCUUUUAUUUAUAUCAAAGAGCAGCUUUUAAACAUUUUUGUCUGAAAAAAAUAUUAUAAAGUAGACACUGAUAAAUACAAAUUAAAUCUAAUACACCAAUAUCAGAUGUGCACUUCCUACUAAUGCUCAUAGGAAGUACCUAUAAUUUCAAUAAUUUGAAUGAAAAAAAAGCUGACAUGAUUAGGCAUUGCUUUUUCAUAUUGAUGACAGAAUUGUGUUCAGUACAUUCUCCUUUUAAUAAUAUUAAUAUUAAUUAAAGGGACAGCCUACUUGAAAAUGUGUAUUGCUUAUAAAGAUAGAUAAUCCCUUUUAUUACCCAAUCUCCAGUUUUGCAUAAACAAAACAGUUAUAUUAAUACAUGUUUUACCUCUGAUAACCUUCUAUCUAAGCUUCUGCAGACUGCCUCCUUAUUUCAGUUCUUUUGACGGACUUGCAUUUUAGCCAAUCAGUGCUGACUCCUAGGUAACUCCAACACACACAAAUUGAGCCUGGGGAGCACUAGCACAAUCCCACAGGCACUUCAGUAAUGGCACAGCAGGUGAGUGGGGUCCGGCAUAAACAAUAAAUGCUGGGGGCAGCGUUCUCGUCACAACAUCCAAGGACGUAUCAAAAACCACAAUUGCCUCCGGUUCAUCCAAUAAGAUAAAAAGUUUGUGUAAUGUAUCAAAAUUAAAAUCACAAGAAUAUACAAACUUCAAUAAUACAGCGUGACAGGAGAAACUGCAGGGCAGUGAACAAAUGUGCAGCUGCAGGAAACGCGUAUGCAGCAAAGUCUCUGUUUACCUGCUAGAAGUUUCUCUGUCACGCUGUAUUAUUGAAGUUUGUAUCUUCUUGUGAUUUUAAUUUUGAUAUAAAAAGUUUGUUUAAUGUCUUAUUGGAUGAACCGGCUUCUUUGUAUCUUCAAGUGCGGAGCCAAUUGCGGUUUACUUUCAUAAAUAACUCCACUGGAGUGAGUACAAUGUUAUCUAUAUUGCACACAUGAAAUAGCAAUGUCUAAUUGUGAAAAAACUGUCAAAAUGCACUGAGAUAUGAGGCGGCCUACAAGGGUUUAGAAAUCAGUUUGAGCCUACCUAGGUUUAGCAUUCAAAAAAGAAUAACAAGAGAACAAAGCAAAUUUGAUGAUGAAAGUAAAUUAAAAAGUUGUUUAAAAUUGCAUGCCCUAUCUGAAUCAUAAAAGUUUAAUUUUGACUGUCCCUUUUAAUGUUCUUUCAAAAAUACAAAGCUAAUUAAACUGUCAAGGGUUUUUUCAUAUAAUAUAAUGUUUUCUACGUUAUAGCAAUUAUGUUAUUCCAAUAUACGGCGCAGGAUUCUGCGCAAGCGUGGAAAUCUGCGCCGCCCGUAGUUUCAGCUCGCACAUCAAGCUAUCACAUAUACGGCGCCGACAGUUGCUAAAGUGCCGUAAGUCUGACAAACUAGCGAUGUCCAGAAAUAAGCGUAAGUACAAAUUUCUGGAGUUGCCAGUGACUUACGGCACUUUACUGUCUAACACGCCUCCCAAACAUCAUCCCGACACGUAUACCCCUGUAUCCGCAAUCCCCCCUCUCACUCCUAACAAUAAAUGUAUUAACCCCUAAACUGCCGCUCCCGGACCCCACUGCCAGCUACAUUAAAUGUAUUACCCCCUAAUCUGACCCCCCCUACACCGCCGCCAGCUAUAUUAAAUGUAUUACCCCCUAAUAUGAUUCCCCUACACCGCCGCCAGCUAUAUUAAAUUUAUUAACCCCUAAUCUAAUCCCCUUACACCGCCGCCACAUAUAUUAAUUAUAUUAACCCCUAAUGUGAGCCCCCUACCCCGUCGCCACCUAUUUUAACUAUAUUAACCCAUAAUAUGAUCCCCCUACACCGCUGCCACCUCAAUAUUAAAUUUAUUAACCCCUAAUCUAAUCCCCCUACACCGCUGCCACCUAUAUUAAAUAUAUUAACCACUAAACCUAAGUCUAACCCUAACACCCCCUAACUUAAUUAUUAUUGAAAUAAAUCUAAAUAAUAUUAAUAUUAUUAACUAAAUUAUUCCUAUUUAAAACUAAAUACUUACCUAUAAAAUAAACCCUAAAAUAGCUACAAUAUAAUUAAUAAUUACAUUGUAGCUAUUUUAGGGUUUAUAUUUAUUUUACAGGUAACUUUGUAUUUAUUUUAACUAGGUACAAUAGCUAUUAAAUAGUUAAUAACUAUUUAAUAGCUACCUAGUUAAAAUAAUUACCAAAUUACCUGUAAAACCUAAGUUACCAUUACACCUAACACUACCCUAUCAAUAAAUUAAUUAAAUAAACUACAAUUAUCUCAACUAAAAUAAAAUUAAAUACACUAAUCUAUAUUACAAAAACAAACAAACACUAAAUUACAAAAAAAUAAAAAAAGAUUACAAGAAUUUUGAGCUAAUUACACCUAAUCUAAGCCCCCUAAUAAAAUAAAAAGCCCCCCAAAAUAAAAAAAAUUCCCUACCCUAAACUAAAUUAAAAAAGUAAUCAGCUCUAUUACCAGCCCUUAAAAGGGCAUUGCCCCAAAGUAAUCAGCUCUUUUACCUGUAAAAAAAAGAACAACCCCCCCCAUUACAACCCACCACCCACACACCCCUACUCUAAAACCCACCCAAUCCCCCCUUAAAAAAACCCAAGUCUAAUCCCCAAGUGGUCCUUACCUGUCCUGAAGACCGGCGGAGAAGUUCCUGUUCCAGACGGUGAAGUCUUCUUCCAAGAGGCGACCUCUUCUUCUUCCAGGAACCAGCCAGCGCGGAGCGGAGGAGUUGAAGACUGAUGACCGCGGAGCUGAAGACCGUCCACUCUGGAACUGAAGACCAGUGAUGCUGGAACUGAAGACUGGAGCCAUGGAGCGUGGAGGAUCCUCUUCAUACGAUCUCCGCCGUACACUAAUUAGGAAUUCAAGGUACGCGAUUAAAAAUGGCGUCCCUUGAAUUCCUAUUGGCUGAUUUGAGCCUUCAAAUUCAAAUCAGCCAAUCGGAUGAGAGCUACUUUAAUUCUAUUGGCUGAUUAGAAUAGCCAAUAGAAUUACAGUAGCUCUUAUUCUAUUGGGGGGCUUUUUUAUUUUAUUAAGGGGCUUAGAUUAGGUGUAAUUAGCAUAAAAUUCUUGUAAACUUUUAUUUUUUUGUAAUUUAGUGUGGUUUUUUUUGUAAUAUAGAUUAGUGUAUUUAAUUGUAUUUUAAUUGAGAUAAUUGUAGUUUAUUUAAAUAAUUUAUUGAUAGGGUAGUGUUAGGUGUAAUGGUAACUUAGGUUAGAAUUUAUUUUACAGGUAAUUUGGUAAUUAUUUUAACUAGGUAGCUAUUAAAUAGUUAUUAACUAUUUAAUAGCUAUUGUACCUAGUUAAAAUAAAUACAAAGUUACCUGUAAAAUAAAUAUAAACCCUAAAAUAGCUGCAAUGUAAUUAUUAAUUAUAUUGUAGCUAUUUUAGGGUUUAUUUUAUAGGUAAGUAUUUAGUUUUAAAUAGGAAUAAUUUAGUUAAUAAUAUUAAUAUUAUUUGUUGCACUUCUCUGCCUAUCCUGGUUGUUCACAGUGAAUUUAUGUUUCUGUCUUUAUCACUGAUUGACAAAUACUGCUUGUAUGCCUUGAUUUGAACCUCAAUAAAAAUUAUUAAAAAAAAAUAAAAAAAUAAUAUUAAUAUUAUUUAGAUUUAUUUCAAUAAUAAUUAAAUUAGGGGUUGUUAGGGUUAGACUUAGGUUUAGUGGUUAAUAUAUUUAAUAUAGGUGGCGGCGGUGUAGGGGGAUCAUAUUAGGGGUUAAUAAAUUUAAAAUAGGUGGCGGCGGUGUAAGGGGAUCAUAUUAGGGGUUAAUAUAGUUAAAAUAGGUGGCAGUGGGGUAGGGGGCUCAGAUUAGGGGUUAAUAUAGUUAAUGUAGGUGGCGGCGGGGUAGGGGGCUCACAUUAGGGGGUAAUAAAUUAAAUAUAGCUGGCGGUGAGGUAGGGGAAUCAUAUUAGGGGGUAAUAUAGUUAAUGUAGGUGGCGGCGGGGUAGGGGGUCACAUUAGGGGGUAAAACAUAUAAUAUAGGUGGCGGCGGUGUAGGGGGCUCAGAUUAGGGGGUAAUAAAUUUAAUGUAGCUAGCGGCGGUGUAAGGGGGUCAGAUUAGGGGGUAAGACAUAUAAUAUAGCUGGCGGCGGGGUCUGGUAGCGACGGUUUAAGGGUUAAACACUUUAUUAGGGAUUGCGGCGGGGGAUUGCGGUUGACAGGUCGAUAGACAUUGCGCAUGCGUAAGGUGUUAGGUUUUAUUUUGCAGGUAGUUUAGGGAGUUACGGGGCUCCAAUACUCAGCGUAAGGCUUACUACGUCUGCAUUUUGUGGCGAGGUGAAAAUGGAGUAAGAUUUCUCCAUUUUCACCACAUAAGUCCUUACACUGUAUAUUGGAUGCCAAACUGCGCGGGUUUGGUAUAUCACUCUAUGGGCCAAAAAACUACGUCCGAAGGGUGAAAUAUACGAGCGUAACUUCUAUGUUACGCCGUAUAUGUGAUACCAAACCAGCGCAAAAUUUGGCGUCGCCGGCUUUUGCGGGCAAGGCUGCAUAUCGGAUCGGGCCCUAGGCUGUUAGGCCAUAAUGAGGAUUCUCAUGUUGAAGGUGCAGCUGAUCAUUGUAAAAAAAUAAAAUAUUUAACUAAGUCUUGGCAUGACCUCAAGACUAAUGGCAAAUUACAAUUUUGUGAUUAUUGAGAGUGGCAAUAUGACUAACACUCUCACUAUACUUUAGUCACUGAAUACACGAGACUGUAAUUGUUAGAGACAUAACUGAACAGCAGUAAUUAAGAAAAGAAUUGACAUUAUGAAAUGAGGAUAAUGUGUUAUAAUUUAGCAACACUAAAUAAACUGUAUUAUUCUGAUAAUAAAUGCUGCAACAUCACAGGGUCCCUUAGAAGCAAAUUUGCAGAAAUAUAUUGCUGUAAAUAACCUCCACAAAUUAAUGUGGAAUAAAGAAAACAAGUAAAUUUUUUAUAUUACAGCGAUAGUCCUAUAUAAGGAAACUAUGUGAAAUAAUCAGUGGGAAGAUAUAAAUAGUCUGUGUAAUGCUGCAUGGUUUGGAGUCAACUUAUGUUAACCCCUUCUGGGCUGGGUGUAAUUCACUUGUGUCUGAAUUCUCCCUUUAUCCUUUCUCUGGUCCCUCAGUGUAUUGUCUGUUCCCUCAUUUAUGGAGAAAUAUAUAGGUAAAUGCUGGUCCCACCUUUGCAACGUGUGUUUAACUUACUGGUUCACUCUAAUCCACUGGGUUUUUUUCAAACCUGUCUUCAAGCCUCCCUAACAGGUCAGAGUUUUUUUUCAGGAUUACCUAGGAUGAGAGCAGGUAAAAUAACCGUUUACUAAUCAGCUGAUUAUUUCACCUGUGCUUCAGUUCAGAUAUCCUCAAAAUCUGGCCUGUUUGGGAGGCCUGAGGAGAGAUUUGAAAACAGGUGAUCUAAUCCCAUGAAAUUAAAUAAUAAUGCAAUAUUUUGGUGUCUGGUUCACUAAUAACCACAAGGUGUCAAUCUUGUACCAUUGUAUGAAUAUAUAAUAAAUAAAAAUAUUCAAUUCCAUAAAGUCAUCUUUGUUUGACACCACUGGGUGACUAUGUGACAUGGAUUUGCCAUCUUUACUAAAUGUAUGUUUGGUAAUUAAAGGGAGAAUAUCGAUGUACCAUG